AUGGCCGGCUGGGGAACCUUCUUUUUUUCCCUCCUCAAUUACAAGACAGAAAAAUAUGUUAUCGCCGAGAACAGGAAGAUCGGAAUACUUUUUCGAAUCUACCAACUGGCUGUGCUUGGAUACAUAAUCGGGUGGGUGUUUGUCAUGAAGAAGGGCUACCAAGAGAGAGAGGAGGCCAUCCAGUCCUCUGUCAUCACCAAGCUCAAAGGUGUCACUCUGACCAACAACUCCGAGAGCGGGCUUCACCUCUGGAGCUCGGAGGACUACGUCAUUCCACCAAAUGGUGAACAGGUUUUCUUCGUGGUAACAAAUUACAUCGAGACCCCCAAUCAGAGACUGGGUUUCUGUGCAGAGAGUUUCAAAGUACCCGACGGGCAGUGUCUUAGCGAUGAUGACUGCAUUGAAGGAGAGACUGUCAUAGCAGGACAUGGGAUUAAAACAGGCUUGUGUAUAAACAGCACCGGGACCUGUGAGAUCCAUGCCUGGUGUCCUGUAGAAUACAGCAAGAGACCCACAGUGCCAUUACUGAGCCAAGCUGAGAACUUCACCGUUUACAUUAAGAACUUCAUCAGGUUUCCAAAGUUCGACUUCUCCAAGUCCAACGUUCUUGACAACGCUGAUGACAGUUACUUGAAAAGAUGCUCCUAUGACCAUGUCGACCAUCCUUACUGUCCCAUUUUUCGGCUCGGAGAUCUGAUCAAAUGGGCUGGACACGAUUUCCAAGACAUGGCUGCCAAGGGCGGCUCUGUUGGCAUCCUAAUAGAGUGGUACUGUGAUUUGGAUAAAGAUUACUCUAAAUGUAACCCACAGUAUAGUUUCACCCGUUUGGACAACAACGUGAACAACUCUGUCACAUCAGGAUACAACUUCAGAUACGCCAAAUACUUCAAGGAUCAAAAUGGGGAAAACUUUCGCACUUUGUAUAAAGUAUAUGGGAUUCGCUUUGACAUCAUGAUCAAUGGACAGGCAGGGAAAUUUAAUAUUAUUCCCACAAUAAUCGCCAUUGGUUCUGGAGUUGCUCUUCUAGGAAUCGGAGCCUUUGUGUGCGAUAUGAUCUUGCUGUACAUGAUGAACACCAGCUCCUUCUAUCGAAACAAGAAAUUUGAGAUCAUCAAUUUCAAGAAAGAGCGGAACUCAAUCAGGGAAAAGAAGACACGGGAAAGGUUAAGAAAAUCCAAGAAAUUAGCUUUAGAAAAAGAGGCUGUCAAUACCACGAAUGAGGAUAUCGAAGCCACGGGGGCUCAGAACGAGCCCAACAAGGACAAGCGGGGUCCCACCAUUCCACGCAACACGGGGCAGCGGUACACUUCUACCCUCUCUCCCCAGGGUGCAGAACCAAAGCAUCACAUCACGUUCGCCUCACGCAAUUGA